CUCCAUAUCUCUCUCGGACAGCACUAAAGAAUUUUUUACUUCCACUCAAUCAAAAAGGAAAAAAUUAUCUGUAAAACGAAACAUUCCGAGUUCCUCGACCCACUGACUCACGUAACGCAACACGAAGAAAACUACUUUUAGAAUAAUCCGAUAAUUAAAGGGCGACGGACGCAGCGCGUAUCAAAAGAACCUGUUCGGAGGCGACCUGUUUCUCGUAUUAACCCUUCAGAGGCGAGAGAGACGGAAGUGAUAUGGGGAAACAGAGACGGGAGAUCUGCAUUCCAAACGAACGAGGGUUCAAAAACGACGAAGGGAGUCACAGACAGUGAUUUUUCGGUUUCAUUGUCAAGUGCAAGGUGCUGGAAGCAACAGGUUGGAGGUGCCAGCUGUCAGAAUGAUCAAGAGGGAUCUGUGAUUUGUUGCAGAAUGGAUAGGAUUUUCUCGCGAACGCUGGUGUUUGUGCUUUUAAGCACCCUACACACCGCCACCUCCACCCCCUUACCCGACCGAGUGUUCGUCCGUAACGAAACCUCCGUCACGCACAACCAAACAAUCGCCGACCUCGUCCAACGCCAGACAGACACCAUAAAAAAAAUCAUCUCCAACCACCACAUCGACUACCCCGUCAUCACCAAAUACCCCCCCGACGACAAACAAAAGAAGAGCGACCCCAUUCCAUUCGACGAGUUAAAAAUCAAGUGUCAACACUUGGCCCGCCUCAUCUCCACGACCACGCCCACGCCCCGCAACAUCUCCGGCUUCUACAUAACGAGCGAAGAGCCGCCCCCGACCACGCCCAAGCCGAGCCCCGCCCCCGUCAAAUACAUCAAGCUCGAACCGGUCAUCCUGCAGAAAACGAUCAUGAGCGACGGCCGCACCAUCUACUACUGGCACAAGAGCAUCCCGAGCCAGUUUGCUCCCGCCACGCCCACUACCCCGCCCCCGACGACCACGACGCCGGCCCCCGGGUAUAACUUUCGGAAUUUUUUUCCGUCAUUUUACUCGAUUGGAGGCUCUGAACCGGUUGGUGCGACUACAACAGAGAAAGCGCCAACCUCGGAAGAGAUGCACUUGUACCAGCAGCAGUUGAAGUUCGUGGUGCCGGUGCCGUUCGUGCCGGCGGAGGACCCGGGGGUGAAGAAACCGUGGGAGAUCGAUCAAUACGCGUAUUAUCCGAAGCCGCUUCAACCGGAAAAUGUUAACAUGCAGGUGCCAUAUGUGCCCACGUUUCAUGUGAUUAAGGCGGUGGCGGUGCCUAAUCAGUAUGAGGGUGGGUCCGUUGACGGAAUGUAAAUUGAUAGAUGGAUGGUAAAGUAACAUAUGACGUCACCAAUUUUUUUUUUGGUGCGUUACUUUAUUAUCAUGUUUGAUUUCGAAAUAAUUAUAACGAAGAUGAGACUGAUUAGGAAUAGGUUUGUUAAAAACAAAAAGAUGUGUUUAAUUAGAAAAAAAAUGACAUUUGUUUGAACUGACAUUAAAAUUUUGAAUGUUUUAAUACUUCAAAUUUUUUGUUAUACUGAUUAAUUACACCAAGUGUACGUACAAAUGUUCCCGUACUAUAGGUUUAUUGUUAGUAUAAGAAUUAUUACUUAAUGAAUUAUUGUGUUUACCACUUCUUAAGCCUUAUGCACACGUACAAGUUUUGCCUUCAAGUCCAACCUCAGAUGCAAACAGACAAAUAAAUCGACGAGCUUGUAAGGAACUUGUACGUGUAAGCGCGGCUUUAGGUUGAUAGUUUAGUGGGGUCGGUUUCGUGCAAUUAAAUGUACAA